UCCACAUCCGGGUUAAGGACUGUUUACUAUCAAGAUGACAGUGAGCUAAUGCUAAGUUUGGACAGAGAAAAGUUGGUUCGCAGUGGCAUUAUGUGAUUAAAUUAUUGCACUUUUAGUUAAAAUGGCAUCCCAAAUCCCAAUAACGGUGAGGGCGCAACCUCCGACCGCAAGUGCUGCAGCUGUCCGGGGGAAGAAGCGUCCAGGCAGCCCGGCGGUCUCAGGCGUUCAGCAGGCCGCAGUGAACAGCAGCAUCAGCGGCAGCAAAAAGAAGAAACCCCCGCUGACAGUCACACCAGCCACACAGACGCAGGUUGCAUGUCUUCAGAUAACUGCAGUUGAAACUGUGGUGGAGAUGAAGACAGUGGGAUCAGUGGACAGCACUCCGACCACUACAGAGACUGUCGUAAAGGCUCCUCCUUUCAAAGACAACACAUUUAUGCACUCAGGGAUUGGUGGAGCAGCAGCCGGCAAGAAGAACAGGACUUGGAAAAAUCUUAAACAAAUUCUGGCGUUGGAGCGGACCUUACCUUGGAAGCUCAAUGAUCCCAACUAUUACAACAUCGAUGCUCCUCCCUCUUUAAAACCAGCAAAGAAAUACUCAGACAUCUCUGGCCUACCUGCAAACUACACAGAUCCACAGACAAAGUUGCGCUUCACAUCAUCUGAAGAAUUCUCCUACAUCCGUCUGCUUCCCACCGAUGUGGUUACAGGCUACUUGACCCUUCGAAAGGCAACAUGCAUCGUGCCGUGACCGGCGAGCAAAGCUCAAAGUUUAAAAACUUGUUGCAACCAGUGACGGACUUGCUUCAGUGGAUAUAGCAGCAGAGAAACAAGGCAUGACCGCAGGAAGUUGCUUCUAAACUGCAGCAACUUCAUCAAAUGCAGUGAUGAAGACAGCAGUCAGUUAUUACUAAUAAAAUAGAAGAAAGACUGUCAGUUACUCUAAUGCGUUCUAGUCAUCUAACGUAUAUUAUGGAGACUUGGUUUUCUGCAGUUUCAUUUCAGUGAUUGUAGUGAGCUUUACCAACUCUUUUUACUUUCCUGACCAUCCUCCAAACUUUGCAUGUAAACAAGAUACAUGUAGAUUUUCAUCCAGCCUUGCUGCCAAAAGCUAAAAUAAAUGAUUGGCAUAUUUUUACCUCAGGGAAACAGGAAGUUGUCAGACAUUUCUAAUUAAAAGUUCCUAACAACGUUGAUUACCUUAAAAGUGCUUGGUAACGGUUUUGUUGCUGAAGUUGAUGCAGGCUAUGUUUUGUAAAAUAUAUUGAGCAUGAAUAAAGUCGGCGUAUACAAACCUGUUGGAAUUGCUGCUUUCCUCAGUUUUUGGUGAUGUUUUAAUAAGUUCUGUUAUCAAAAACAACCUUUAUAUUAAAUAGGUCACUGUUUGUUGUGUAA